GACAAGCAAAAAAUUUUAAACUAAUAUUUUUUGCUUUGAAGCAUAUCUUGUUGGAAAACUUUAAAUUAUAUUUAUGUAUGGUGUGUAAUGUAGAAAUCAGAGGACAGCUUGCAGGAGGCAGUUACCUCCUCCUACCAUAUGGAACCUGGGAUGGAAGUAGAGCUACAGGCUUGACCUCAGCCACCCUUAACUGCGGAACUACUUCACCAGCUCUGCAAUCAUUUUGCAAAACAAAAUUUUAAUCAAGAGCUUAGUAUUGAUUUUCAUCUAUAAACAGAGUGGCAGGACGGUCGUUGCAUUCAGCAAGUCCCAUAGGCCUCAGCUUUCUACAAAGUAGUUUCCCCACCCCCCCAAACUCAGAAUUACAUAUGGUUUGUUCUGUGUGUGCUGUGAAUUGUACUAGGGCUUUGCACAUUCCAAGUGCUCUACUGUUGGGCUGUAUUCCUAGUCCAUGGCUUUUAUAUCAGUUCUAGACGUGAGCUUAUUUUUUCUUUGACCAUUGGUCUAUAUAGAUGUUAGAGACUUUUCACUUUCUAAGGUUUGUUUACUAGCAAAGACCGCAGUGACUCAAUAAUGGUAUCUCCUGGGCGGCCCUCCAAGUGCAGAACUCUGUUCCAGAUUGUUGGGAAACUCGGUUUGAAAGCAAUGGACGAGUACUUGAAGAACAGACAGCCCCCCACCCGUUCCCACUCGUUUGUUUGCCUCUGAGGUUAAAUGUCUUUAUCUACACCUAUAAUAACCUCCACUUUCUGAGAACCGACUUUGUCCUUAUUUAGCUGUUUUACAUCCAUUAACCCACUUAUUCUGUGAGGUAGUAGGUCUUGUUAUUUUCUCCACUCCUCAGAUGAAGGACAUAGGCCAAGAGAUGUUAGAUCACUGGUCUGAUGCCAUAAACGAGGUGGUCCAGAAUGGCUGUCAUUUUCUGAACUAGCCAUUAUAGGGUGUGACCUCAGUUUUGUCCAAAGAAAAGAAAGUGAGAAGCACAGUGCAUCUGAAGUCCCUGGGAGGCAGAGGCGCUGUGUGUGUGUGUGUGUGUGUGUGUGUGUGUGUGUGUGUGUGUGUGAGAGAGAGAGAGAGAGAGAGAGAGAGAGAGAUAGAUAGAUUUCAGAACCAGCCUUGACUAGACAGAGAAACCAUGCCUCAAGAACUGGAAAAGGAAAGAUACAAUUCUUUUUUAAAAGAUUUACUUCUUAUUUAUGUGCAGCGUGUGUCUGUCUGCACGUGCCGUGUAUGUGCUGAUGUCUUUGGAGACCAGGGGAAGGCAACAGACCACCCAGAGCUUGAGUUGGAGGGAGCUGUGAACUGCCUGGUGUGGAUCUGGACUUAGGUCCUUUACAAGACACCAGGGGAAGGCUCUUGACUUUUUUUUUCCCCCUUCUUUUCUUUUUUUCGGAGCUGGGGACGGAACCCAGGGCCUUGCACUUGCUAGGCAAGCGCUUUACCACUGAGCUAAAUCCCCAACCCCAGGCUCUUGACUUUUUUUUUUUUUUUUAAAUUUAUUUUUUAAGAUUUUAUUUUAUUGUAUGAGUACACUGUAGCUGCCUUCAGACACAGCAGAAGAGGGCAUCAGAUCUCAUUACAGAUGGUUGUGAGCCACCAUGUGGUUGCUGGGAUUUGAACUCAGGACCUCAGGAAGAGCAGUCGGUGCUCUUAACCACUGAGCCAUCUCUCCAGCCCGGCUCUUGACUCUUUAAGCACAAAGAUAAACUCCACAUGGGAACCUGAGCUCAUACAAAAGUUUUAGUUCAAACUCAGGCACUCCAAAAGACUUGUAUAAGAUGGUAUUUAAACGAGGCACCCCUUACCUCAGUAAAGUUAGAGACAGGAGGGUCAGAAGUUCAGGGUCCUCUUGAACUGCUUUGUGACUCAGGGCCAAUUGCUGAAGCCCUGUCUCAGCAGAGGGGAUGGGUUCUCCGAGUUCGAGGACAGCCAGGGCUACACAGAGAACCCUGACUCAAGGGGGAAAAAAAGGAAAGAAAAAAAAAGAAAAGAAAAACCCUUUCUCAAGAAUAAAACACGUGUGGCUGUGAGGUUGCAACCCUUUACUCCCAGUACUAGGAACUGGAGGCAGGCGGGUCUUUAAGAAUCUGAGGACACCUGGUCUACAUAGUGAGCUCUAGGGCAGCCAUAGCAAAACCUCAUUUCCAAAACCUCCUCCCGGGGUUGGGGAUUUAGCUCAGUGGUAGAGCGCUUGAGGCCCUGGGUUCGGUCCUCAGCCCUUAGGGGGGUGGGGGUGGGGGUGGGGGACCUCCUCCCAAAGACAAAAAAAAAAACAAAACAAAGUAACAAAAUAAAAUUUACCUUGGGCUUUAUGGAAAGAUAAGUGUGUGACUUAAGUGAGGUGGUACUUGCUAUGUCCCAACUCUGGUUGAGACUGAAGCACUGAAUUAGAGAGCAGAGCAAGAAUCUGUCUCAAAGAAAGAAAAUUAAAAUGGGGAUGCCGGUGCAGAGUGUUGGCUUAGCAUACACAAAUCCCUGGGUUCAAUUCCAAGUACAAUUUGAACUAAGCAUAAACCAAUGUCAUGGUAGUUGAUAUAUAAUUCCAGCACUCAGAAAGCUCACAGGUCAAAGUCAACCUGGCCUGCAUGACACCUGGCUAAAUGUUUUUUUGUGUUUUUGUUUUUGUUUUGUUUUGUUUUGUUUUGUUUUAAAGACACAUGAAGUGUCAUGUUUAGACUUUAGUCUUAUCCCCAAGCUAUCUCUUACAUGUGCAAAUGUCCCAAGCAAUAUGUCCUCAAUUGUUUCAGACCAGAGCUAUUCCACCUGCCCUUCUCUUAGGAUCAGCACUGUUUCGUGGUGCAGCUGUGUGUUGCAGACUCCCAGCUGUUUCUUUCUGUCUUUGACCUGUCACAAAUAAGGCAGGAGUAAAUCAACACAACACAGCAUGGGCAGCUCUUGGCUCAGUUGAGGACAGUGGGCGUGUGUGUCAUAGUCCUCAUUCGUCCUGGCUUUCCCUUUGCUACUGUCUCUCUCCCUAUCUCAUGGACCCUACAGCAAGGACAGUGUUUUGUUUUGUUUUUAAAGAUUUAUUUUAUGUAUGUGAGUACACUGUAGCUGUCUUCAGACACACCAGAAGAGGGCAUCGGAUCCCACUACAGAUGGUUGUGAGCCACCAUGUGGUUGCUGGGAUUUGAACUCAGGACCUCUGGAAGAGCAGUCAGUGCUCUUAACUGCUGAGCUAUCUCUCCAGCCCCCCCCCCCCACCUUCUUUUAAAGCAGUCUUCCCUGCCCUAAAAAAGAAAAAGAGGCUUUUGUGUAUACAGCUUAACUGUGUGUAAUUCUGUCCAUUGGCUGCAAACUCAGCUCCUCUCUUUACAGCUCUGGGCACCACAGUUGGUAGUGCCAGGCCACCAUGCAUUUGGGAACUUCUUAGUUCAGUCCUGGGAGUUGAACUCUGGGCAUCCUGCUAGACCUUCUCUAGCUUGUUGCCUUGUAUAAUAUGCCAGCUUUUCCUGUGUGUAUUUGCUUGGUCUCUGGUUCAUGUUUGUCUCCGGAAGCUGGUCUCUGCCACAGUGUACGUGGCCCUUCUAGACAACGGUAAUUGUGAUUGAAAGUACUUGCUGUGUGUGCUGCUACAGAUUGACUGUGAGUGUAUGUGGUUUAUCUAGUUGUGGGUCUAACUUUGUCUUUGAAGAUGCUAGCAUGGGGUAAAGAGGCAAACUACUUAGUGUAAUCAUCCAGUGCGUCCCUUUGGCUGAGAUAGGUAUGAUCAUUGGUGUCAGAAGUUGAUGAACUCCCUCUGCACCCCCAAAGUCUUUAGAGCCCACCUGUGUUUGUUAAAAUAGAAAAGCCCAAAUUUGCACACGAUGUUUUGAGGUUCACUGACUUUCUGUUCCAGCUGACUUUGUCCUGAGUAAUGUCCCCUCUCUAUACCCAUCUCCCACAGACUUUUCUGUUUCAGUGUUCUCUGCUGUGUCUUCAGGUAUCUUCAGGUACUCCUCAAUGAUGCAGCCACUCUUCCUUGGAGAGCACAUGGCAGUGUUUUCCUUGCUAAUGAAAAGACUGUCAUAAUGGGUUAGGUCCAUAGGGGCUCUGCCCUUCUGUACUUGUAUUCCCAGAGAAAAUAAGCACAGAGCUUUAAUUACUGAUGGCAUGCUGGCAGAGAGGUAUGGCUGCUAAUUGAUUAGGCGACAGUCCUUUGUGCGGAUGUGGAGCCAUCCAUGGCUUGUCUUUCUUCCCCCCCCAUAAAUAAAUGUAUUUGGGCAAUGCGAAUUGAUCUUGAGAUGGUGAGAUGGCGAUGUGUGGGGUUCCACUAAUCUCACAUUAGCACUUCUGUGCCCUCAAGUUUCUUGUUCCUUUUUGUGUGGGUUGGGUUGGGUUUGGUUUGGUCUGGUCUGGUCUGGUUUGGUUUGGUUUGGUUUGGUUUUGGUUGGUCUGGAGCUUGCUAUGUAGAUGAGCGUGGCCUUGAAUUUACAGAGAUCUGCCUGCCUCUGGUCCUGAGUGCUGAGAUUAAAAGUUAUUCUUUUCUUUAAUGUUGUGCCUCAGACUGAGAGCUCUGUACAUAGCAAAUACAUAACUUCAUGCCCAGCCACAUUGCUUUCUAGCUUGGUAGUAAGCAAUCCUGAGUCGCUUUUGGCGUCCAUUUUGGUGCUUGUGGUGAGUAGUGUGUCUUCAUACCAUGAUCUCCCUCCAGUGUGCCCUUUGUGUUUGGCAGCACCAGGUUCCUUUAUUUGGUUUGGUUUUCAUUCCCUCCUUCUGUCUUGGAAUGGAUGAUGCUUAUUCUGAAAUAUAUUUUUUUUCUGAAAUAUAUUUUUAAGACAAUGUUUCAGAAGCAAACACUGCCUUCUGAAACCACAGACACUGCUAGUGCAGCAGCCGACAGGGCAGGCUGCCAAAUCUAGGCAGUUGAAGCCAAUCCCUUAGUGACAGAGUGUCAUACACUGAUGAAUUGGCCCUUCAUGGGAUCAUGGUAUAAGGGUCUCACAGUAGCACUUAACUGUUGACUUCCUCCUCUGCAUUUGGACUCUUCUUCCCUCAUCACACUUUCCCCGUGAGCCAUUUCAGAGAAGCAGCUGGUCGAUGAAGGACAGGCUUUUUAGACAAGUCAUUCCCACCCACCCACCCUCCCUCAUCUACUCCCACCCAUUCCUGCUUAAUCCAGGAAGGGGUCUUCUUUUGAUGUGAUUUACAUCAGUCCUCUUUGCAGCUUUUCCAGUUGUUUUGGUUUUGCCUAGGCUGGGAUCACGUGGCCCUUGCUUCCAAUGUAGUCUCCACUAUAGGUGUUGCCAUUGCCUUUGGCAUGUCCUGUCUUGGUUUUAGGAUCAGAGAAAAGGGACAGGGAAAGUUGGCUUUGUCAGUGGGCUGAAUUUGAGCCCCUGAAGCCACAAAAACCACUAGGUGAGGUGUAGUGUGGGUGUAAUCUCGGUACUGGGAAGACAGAGGCAGAAGGAUUCUGGGUAUUGCUGACCAGCCAACCCAGCAUAAUAUGUGAGCCCAAGAGCUGUGAGAGACUGUUUUCAGUAAACAGUGACAAGGUUGAUGGUAUGCCUGAGAUUUACACCUAGGGUUGACCUCUGACUUCCAUGCCUAUGACACUCCUCCCUUGGCCUUCUGAAUGCUGAAGUCACAAGCAUUUCCCAAUGUAUUUUACUUUUCCUGCCUCUCUCCUUCCCUUUGUUCCCCUCCCAUCCCUUCCAUCCCUUUCUCCCUCCCCUUCUUUAUUGGACCUGGGAUCAAAUGCAGAGCCCAAGUACAUACCUUGGUAUUCCUUAGUGAGCGAUAGCCCCUAGCUCUGACUUGUUUUAAAAUAUCAUUUUAUUUUAUUUUGUGAUAGAGCCUUUUAUGGCCCAGGCUAACCUCGAACUUGCUGUGUAAGUGAGACUGACUUUGAACUCCUGGUGUUCACUGCUUCUAUUUGAUGUCCUAGUUGUUUCAACUUGAUGCCAGCUAGUGUUCUCUGAAAAGCGGUGGGCAUGCCUGAGAAAAUGGCUCCCUAAGACUGACAUGUAGGUAAGCCGUGGAGCGCAUUCUUAAUCGGUGAUUGAUUCGGGCAGGACCAGGAUGCUGGUGCCAGCCCCAGUCAGGGUGGUCCUGGGAUUUAUGAGAAAGCCCUGGGGAACAAGCCAGUAAGCUGCACCCCUGUGUCCAGGUUCUCGCCCUGACUUUCCUCAGUGAGGGAAUGUGGCCUGGAAGUAUAAGAUGAAGUAAACCCUUUCCUCCACAAGUGUCUUUGGCCAUAGCACAACAAUGGUAACCUUAAGACAACCUCCUAGGAGCAGAGAUGAAGGGCAUGCUCCUUUGCAGCUUCGGGUUGGAGUUGGGCUAGGGGGUUCUUUUAAACAGGGUCUUACUGUAUAUACACCCGGCUGUCCUGGAACUCUAUGUAGACCUGGCUAGUCUCAAACAUAAGGUUCAGCCUGCUUUUGACUCCUGAGUACAGCAGUUAACGAUUUGUGUGCCACCUUUCUUUCCUUAAAUGACAUAGAAUCAUAUAUGUAUCUCAGGAAUUUAUUUCUUUCUGUUCAUUUCUCCCUGCUUCCUUACUGAGGAGCUCUGCAACAGAGGGGAACCCGUGCAGUGGUGACAGUGUGAUGGGCUCUUGCCAGUUGAACAGGAAUUACGGAAGGAAACCAGACUUGAUAAUUGUCCAUUGGGAGACAAUGAAAAUCUAUAAACAUGCUAGUCACAGCCAUGUAGGCUGAGAUGGGCAUUCUGGUACAGAACUUGAGUUCCCAGUCCUUACAAAGACAACUCAUUCAGCUCCUGUUUUGUCUUUAUUUCCAUGACUGAAUCCUGAACAACUUUUUGCUUACAUCUAUUUAUUAAAUUUUUAUUAUGUGUCAGGGGUGCACACAUGCCUGUGGGUAUGGCGGCCUUUGUGCUGCAAUGUCCAUGUAGAGGUCAGAGGGCAGCCCAUAGGAGUCAGUUCUCCACUGUGGGUUCCAAGAAUUGAACUCAAGUCCUCAGGCUUAGUGCCAACACCUUUACCCACUGAGCCUUGUUGCCAGUCCUAGAGCAAAGUUUUUGGCUUUUUAAAAAGUUUUUUUUUUAUAACCUUAUUAUUGGGCUUGGCUUUGAAGUUCAAAUAGUGAUAAAAGACAAGGAAGGUCCAUAAAUACUGACACUGUAUUGUCAGUAUAUAUUGACCCUUACAGAGCCGGCUCAAUCCCUAUGUGUCCGAAUUCAUCAAGCCUCAGGUUUAAGCAGAUCUUGGCAGCACUGAUGGUUCUCACUCAAAGUGAGGUCUAAGGUUGUCUUUGACUGUUCCUCUGAAUAAUAACUAAAGGUCACAGACCACUAAUAAAUUAGGUGAAGGGGCUGACUAUAACUUCAGUUUCUGGAUUUGGCUUGUAAUCUGUAUACUGCUAACUCUUUUGAAGGCUAGCAUAUACUGUGUGUGUAUGUGUGUUUUUGUGUGUGUCUCUCUGUGUAUCUGUGCCUGCCUGCUAACCUGUCUGUAAAACCCUUUCUCCAAAGUCUAUAGGGUGCUUUUCAUACAGUCAGCUCUUAAUGAAUUAUCUGUGAAAUGAAAAAUAAGAAAUAGUCUGAGGGUGUGCCUUGGUGGAGAUGUUCUGCAUUUUAGUCCCAUCACUGCAAGAAUAAAAAUUGCAACAUGGGUAUUCUUCAUUAUAGUAUACCUCAGGGAAAUGUCCCCAUCUCGCCUUACGAAUCAGACACUCGUUUCUCUUGAGUUCUUUGGCUAUUGUCAAACGUUUUAAUCAGUAUGUUAAAUAUAAUAAUUAUUGCAAAUGAUUUUGCAAUAUAAUGAUAUUUUACGCACAUGUGUGUGUGUGUGUGUGUGUGUGUGUGUGUGUGUGUGUGUGUGUGUGGCAGAGGGAACGUUUAUAUUAGAUGGGGAGUAUGACGGUCGAAAGACAGCUUUCAGAAGUCAGCUGGUUCUUUUAUGGUGUGAGUUCUAGGGAUUGAAUUCAAGUUGUAGGGUUUGGCAGCCUCACUGGCCGAAAAAGAACUGCUUUUUGAAAAUGAAAGGAAGGGUGAGGGGGACGAUUUACACUGUUGCUGGUUAAGGACUGGGAAAACCACAGGAGAGAGUGCUCUGCUAAGGAAUCCCUGUCUGGCUUCCUGAAGUAGGGACAAGAGCCAGAAAGCCAAGCCCUCUGUUCUUGGCAUUAGGAUCAUUCCCUGCGGAUGCUUGAACAGCUGGUUAACUGGCUUCACCCUUCCCCUGUGCUCGGAGACAGGCCCAAGAAGUACUGGGAGACCUGUCCAGAGCAGACCUCAUGCGCUGAAGCUGCAGAUAUUUAUAGGGCAGAAGGGCUCAGGAGUGUGGCAUGGGAAGCCCUGAUUUCACACCAACCCGGCACCGCUGAUGUUGAGGACCCAGAUUUUUCUUUGAACUUAUCAGUUGCUUUUCUUUCAUUUGAGUAUUAACCAGGCCUCUGUUUGCUUAGUUCAGAGAUCUGAGGAAAUGGGGACCUUCAGACUGUGGGUAGUUCCUUUUCUAAUAUUUUUUUUUAAUUAUUUUGUUUUGUGUUAAUUGGUUUUUGCCUGUGUAAUAGAGGCUAGAAGAGGGCAUUGAAUCCCCUGGGACUGGAGUUUUAGAUAGUUGUAGGUGCCGGGAAUUGAACCUGGGUCCUCUAGAACAACUGCAAGUGCUCUUAGAUGCUGAGCUAUCUUGAUAGCCCUGAGUUGCUUUUCUAAAUGGACCAAAAGUUGUGAGGAGGUCAGGGUUGUACAGGACUAUCAUGGAUAGACAGGAUUUAAAACAUGAUCCUUCCUCGUAAGACUGACUUUCGCUUCUCCUUGUUUGAACCCAGGAGGAAAGCUCUGACUGGGUGGUAAAACUAAGGACCUGUUAGACAGGUCUGCUUGGGCCUGGCUUCCCUCCCCCACUCUGGGCAGGGAGACUGAAACUGCUGCUUGCUGGGCUUUGCCAAAUCAGUUUCUCCUCAAGGAUUACCUGCUCCCUGCAGGUAGGCAGCUCCCCACCCAGGAGCCAGCCACUGUGGGAAUCAUGCGGGUGGGGGCAGGCUCUGCUCAGCUUGCUGGGUGUGCUGCUUGCCUGCCAGGCCCUGAGCAUGCACGAAGGCUUCCUGCUCACCUAAGGCUGAAUGGCCUGGAGGCCUGAGGGAAAUAGACUGUGUCAUAGUGCCUUGCCCUGGGCCUUGUGGCCACAUUCCUAACUGGGAGGAGUGGGGAGUUUACAUAUGGGGCAGAUGAAGUCUUUGGAAAGAGGCGAAUCCUUCUAACACCUUGAGUUUAGAAAUAAAUGUUUUAUUUUUUUCAAUCCUAGCCUAAAAUUUCUCAGCGUGUGGAUUUAGUGUCCAUAGCAUGCUGGACAAGGUUCCUUAGAAAGACAGGCUUCUUGGCAGGCUCACUUGAUAUUAAUCAAAAUCAGGAAGUGGGCUUCAUGACAGGCAGCCCCUUCUCACUUCCUGCCUCCAUCUGAGGGAGAGGCCUAGGAAGCUUGAGCACAAACGAAGAACUCUGUUCACUCUGGACAGAUCCUCAGAGCCUUUACAAGUAUGGAGACAGGUCCUAGGAGGGAGAAUGAUUUGUUCAAAGUUAUGUAACUUGUUGGCAGAUCUAGGUCUUGAAUAGAUCUCCCUUGGGGCCCUUGAUACUUGUCUCCAUAUCCCUUACUUUAAUGGAAGCUCUCCUUAGAAGGCCAGUAGACUUCCGUGUCAGGAAGUGAUCUGGGAAAGGACAGGUGGAAGGGCAGCAGGGCCCAGCUCUACACACCAAAGACACUGGGUUCUUGCCAGGGAUUGUAUCCAUUUAGGUGCCAGAAGGCCCGAGGGGAUGGAUUUAACAGUAGGCAGCAGCAUUCCAGCCUUGGCUCAGGUCAAAAGGGUCAUAUGGAUCAGAGCUGGGUUAAGGGCUGUUAGGUAAGGAGGAGGUCAGGGAGAUAUGACCCCGUAAUAUUCCAGUUUGACUUAGGAAAGCAUUUCUGGAGUCCCUGCUAGUGACUGCUGCUGCUGUGCCAGCGCACCAAGAACACAGAAGUAACUGGGUCCUGGAAAACUUCCCUGGGCCUGCUGAACAAGAUAACCACUCAGAGUUACAAAGGAGUCCAACCUGUGAGCAGUGCAGUCCCUACAGCUAAGCUGAGAAUGCCUGGGGUUGGGGGAUGGCGGGUACAGUUGAUACUCAGCUAAGGAAGCUAAGUGGAAGCCUGGGAAACUUCCUGAUGGGAGAGUCUGACCUUAGCUCACCAGAAGGGAGGGUGCAAGCUCUCCAGAGGGAAAGUAACCUGAGGAAGGAGGAAAGCUGCAGCAAAACCUGGAGGCCCACAAACACUGCAGAUCUGCAAGAUAGGUGUCUAGGGCCUGGCUGCUGUCCGGGAAAGGAAGAAAGCCAGCCCAUCAUACAGCAGUAGAAGUGGUUGGGAAGCCUGAGUCCACUUGGAAAUCAACUUUACAUGUAUAUGUAUAUAAACAAAAACAUACAGGUAGAGUAUACCCACCCACAUAGAUGUGUUGGGUGUAUACGUUGAUUGUGUGCAGGAAGGGGUAAGAGAGAAUUUUAUUUUUAUACAUUUACCUUUUUGUUUUGUGUAUGUGAAUGCAGUGUAGGUUAGAGGAGAACUUGGAGGAAUUGGUUCUCCUUCCACCAUUGAGUUUCUAGGGAUCCAUCCCAGGUCAUCAGUCUUGGUAUUGUACCUUUGUGUGCUGAACCAUCCUACCAGCUUGAGACAGAAUUGUGUGAAGAGCAUGUUUGAGGCUGACUUUUAUCCCUAGUAUGAGGACCUUGUUGACUGAAUGCUCUCUUGGUGCUUCCUCCCCCAUCCCAAGCCAUAUUGUACGGAGGGAGGAGAGGUUAGUAUAUAUGGACAGUGGGCUGUCUGAGGUUUGUGUCCCUGUGGGAGACUGCUUUGCAGCAGGGUUAGCUGGAGACGCCAGAGAUCAGGGUUGCUUUCCCUUUUCCAAAGGGAAUGACUCAUGGGUCUUGGCUGCCACUAAAGGUUCUAGGGGAUCAAUGUGAUGUAGUAGUUGGUGAAAAAGAGGAAUCUAGUGACUGCCUUGCCCCCAGCACCACCCCAGACAUUCCUAUUUGUCACCAAACAGCACCUCUCUGUGGUAGUCUUGGGUUCUGUUCUAGGGUGGGGAAGCACCCUCCUUUCUCUGCAGAAGCCUCAUAGCUUCUACUCCACACUUGACUGCAGACAGGAUUCCACAGCACAGAUAACACGAUUCUCUCUUCCCUCUUAUCCUUCAGUCAGUGUCACAGUGCUCAGAUCUUACUUGAGAUAACCAAGAUGACCAUGCUAUAUACUACAGGGCAAAGCAUGAGAGACUGACCUCAGGCUAGAAGGCAGCUUGUGUUUGCCUUGGAGGCUUCAUGAGGCAGCUUUCACUGCUUCCCUGUCUCCCUCCACUGAUAUGCUGCAUAUCAUGUAAGUCUGCCUUUUCCCAGAGAGCAUACACCUGCAAUGUUCUAGUUUGGAUCUCCUAUCCAUUCAAAGUUCUUGGCAGGAGCCCAGCCCACUUCUACUCAGGUUGGUUCCCCUCCCUUUUCCACCUUGUUUGAUGUGCUGCUUGUCCAGAGUUCUUAGGCAGCCAGUUGGCUUUGUAGUGGCUAGAGAUUGGAGAUCUUGCAGUGGGAACACAGUUGCUUCCUUUCCUGGCCUCUGGGGUGGGGCUUGAAAAUAGAGAAUCAUAAUCUCUCCUCCUCCUUUUCUUGCUCCUUCUCCUCCUCCUCCCCCUCCUCCUCCUCCUCCUCCUCCCCACUCCCAUGCUGCCAGGCAAACUGGAGUGAGCAGCUCUGAGCGGGCCUCAGCUUGCCUGCUUCACUGCUCUGCACAACAGCAGUGAUGUGGAAGAGAUUAAUGGGCAGUGAGUGUAUGAGCUUUGCACUUUCUUGACUAGCAGACUGAUUCUCUUGUCAGUGGAGACCUAGGGCUCCUUAGAGGCAGUGGUGACCUCACCCAGGCAUCAGGCUGGUGUGCCCGAGGCUACUGUGUUCUUUAACAUCCUGGGAAAUAAAGAAUACUGCCACACACUCCUGCUGUCUGUCCUUGCAGGACAAUACCCCUUAAUCAGGCUUAUAAAUCUCUAAGCUGGGUGGUUUGUUUGUUUGUUUGUUUGUUUGUUUUUUGAGACAGGUUGGCUUUGAACCCACAAAGAUCUGCUUGCUUCUGCCUCACAGGUGGUAAGAUUAUAGGUGUGCACCACCACACCCAGCUAAACUGGAUGUUAUGCCCAGCUCACUGAAUGUAACUGGAUGUUAUAUUCAAGUUUUCAUUGUUUUAAAAAGUAACUUCAUAAAAUUUAUUAUUAAAUUGUAUGUAUUUGGUAUUCGCAAUAGGGUGUGUGGGUGCACCAUGAGGUGUUCAUGAAAGUCAGAGGACAGUGACUGGAGUAGGUUCUCUCCUUCUAUCCACAGUGUAGGUCUCAGGGACCAAACUUAGAUGGUCAGGCCAGUCAGCAAGUGCCUUUAUCCUCUCAGCCAUCUUGCCAACACUACAUUGUUUCUUUAGUAGCAGCUGGUAGAGGAGGUGCCUUCCCUGUCUCACAGGACUGUGGGGAGGUUGGGAAGUGCUGUCCCUGUGCUGUAAAGGGGAUGUGGUAGGGUGCAUAGCACAGACUGCCAGUGGCUUCAUCUCUUCUCCCUUUGGCUGGCUAGAGGCAGCGCCCGCCACCUUAGUCUUUUGCUGACCUCUGUGGUCAGCCAGGAAGCCCCACUGGCAAUGACUUCCUGCUGGCAGUUGUGAGUACUUAAAGCAGAGCCCCAGCUUGCUGAGUAGGAGGCUUGGCUACUCGGGGUCAAUGGAAACUGGAGCUGGGGAGGAGUGGUGUGGCGGCAGAGCCAGAAGCCAGCUUCUGCAGCUUGAUUGCCUGGAACAAAGGCCAAAUGCCCAGAGCCUUCCCUGCCUGUGUCUGACUGGUGGCCGUCAUUCUCAGGUUGACCUCCAGGCACAGUAGAUGACCCUGACUGCUGUCACAGCAGUGUAUCCUGGAGCUUGACUUCAAGGCAAUUUUCUUUGGCUUAGCAGUCCUGACUUUGGUUAGGGCAAGGUGUGAUCACUAGAAGGUCUGUUUUGGUUUUGCUUUUAGCUGAGAGUUUGCUUCUCUGAAAAUGGAACUCCCUUUAAGUAUAUACCUGCUAUUAUAUGUCAUCUUUGGGCUGCAUGUGCCGCCCAGUGAUAGAGGCCUUGGCUGAGUUUGAGCUCCAGCACCUGAGUAAAAGUAAAGUAAUAGAAACCCUCCCUCCACCAGAUGCACACAUGCUUUGCCUCUGGGUAGUUAUUCAAAUUGGGACUUUUUUUUCCCCUGAGAGAGGGUCUCACUAUGUAACCUUGGCUGACCUAGAACUAGACCAGGGUGGCCUUGAACUCAGGGAUCCACGUGCCUUUGCUUCCUAAGUUCUAAGAUUUAAGAUUACCGGUGUGCACUAGCACAGCUGAACAACCUGGGGCUUUUAGAAGCUUCAUGUCACUCAUCUCCUUAGCCUUCCGUCUCUCCCCAUAAGCCAAACUAACUUCACGUAUAGAGCGGGGGCAGGGUGAGUAGUGUUUGCUGUAGGUAGCUGCUUUGGCAUUUUGUUAGUUUUUUUUUUUUUUUUGUUUUUUUGUUUGUUUGUUUGUUUUGUUUUGUUUUGUUUCUUGUAUUUAAGCAAACGAUUUCUUGGCAGGAGGCCUCUAUACUGUGUUCUCAGUGCUUGCUCAUGUCGAAGGUUUGCCCCUCUGCUCCCCUCCCCUCCUCUCCCCACAGGUCGUUUUAAUCCUUUUGCUUAUAAACAAGUGCACACGACCUUGGCUAUCUCUUGUGGGUAAACCAGCAUCAGCAUUAGAUCCACAGUCAUUUGAACUGGUGGAGCUGACCAGGUAAAACGGGAGAUUCCAGGAGGAAGCACAGGUCUGCCAAGGAAUGUCUGUGGGAUUCCUCAGUGAGGUCAGGUGGGAAGUGUCAGAGUCCACAGAGCAGGGCUCUGACUGGGAAGUAUUUCCUUCCUCUCUGUUUUCUUAUCUCAGCCUUCUGACUUUUAGCAUUUCUUUUAUUUCUCCUGUUCUCAGAUCUUGUCUAUAGGGGUCCACGACACGACAUUCAGCUGUUUUAGGAAACUGUCUGAGACAGUUGCCAGCUAGUUCAUAGGAGAACAGCAUUAAUACCUUCGAAUCAUAUCUUCCUAAACAGUUAUCUGUGAGUGGUGGGCAUGUGGUGAUGGCCUGGCUGCCACAGAAUGCCUCUUGGAAGGCAGGGACAGUCAGGUGUGAGUGAGCUGAACACUCACCAUCACACAUGACAGACACAUACAAGCCUGAGCUUUUAGUAAGGUAUUGGAGUGUACCCAUGCUGUGUGUGUGUGUGUGUGUGUGUGUGUGUGUGUGUGUGUGUGUGUGUGUACACAAGUGCACAUGUGUCUGAAACACUAGUCAUAGUUCCUGCUGUGACUAUUCAUCUGCAGUUUCCAGACCCAUAUAUCUAGAAAGUCCUGGCUGACUGGCAACACUGUGCCUGAGGAACUGUGGUGUGCUCUGGGUUUUUGUAGGGUGGGAUUUUUUAUUUAAAGUGCUUUUUGUCAGGGGAGCAUGGCAUGGCCUUUUAUGGAAAGAAUAAAACAGUUGCGCUGCUCGGAGCUGUCUCCGGCUCUGUAAGAAACCCAAGUCCCUAUCUGAGUUAUAUGAGAUAACCAGAACUUGGCCUCUGGCUACAGAACGUUUCUGGGCCUAUUUGAGAAGAGCCAUGUCUUCUUGGAGGUGCACUGCGUCUGUGGUGGUUACUGGGUAAAGACGGUCAGGCUGUGACUUCAGGCAACACAGAAGCUAAGGUAGAAAGCAUGGAAUUACAGUAGUGACGGCUGGAUCUUAAGCAUUUAGCACAGGCCAGGAUUAUUCAGAGAGCUUGAGAUGGAGUUGGAUUUUGGAUCAUUUCUGACUUUACUGUUUUUAAGACUUCUAUGUUGAAGCUUCUUUAUUCCUGCUAGACUCUUUGUCUUUGAUGGGUAGCAUGAACUGGGUAGAGGAAUGGGAUGGGUACAGUGGUAUUUUAUGCCCAGCUUGAUUGUAAUUCCAGGUAGAUUUUCUAUGCUCAAUGCCAACUAGAACUUCCUUUUAGAUAUGGCAUUCACAUUCCUUUCUUGGGGUUCUUUUCUUCCUUGCCCUCAGCAAAUUCAGAAGUGGGUAGCUACAGACUUGACUGCCUGCCUCCUUCAGAAUAAACCAACAUCCUCUCAGUCUGUGCAACAAUCCAUCUAACACGACCCCAAAGUGACCCAUUUCUCCCCCAGCACACAUACUAAUUCACACCAAUGGUCCUACAGGUUCCUGUCAGAGGCCAGGAAGCCCAGAGCUGUUACCUAGCUCAACUGGCUCUUCCUGCAUUGUUCACUUCUCUUGGAAGCCGGGAUAGUCAUGCUGUCUUCCUGGGAUUCUGAAAAGGCACAUGUAGUAAAAGAUGACUCUGGUCUACAUUGUACACUGUAGUCCCUGGCUAAAAGUACUUGUGGCUAGGGCCUCUCCAGAAGCAAAAUGGCCAUUACUGUCAGUAAUUAACAUUUGCCCACCCCUCUGACUCUAGGCUGAGAAUGGGAAGCUGAGGGACUGGGUCUUACAGGGAGGCUUCAGCUUUCCAUUCUUCACCUAACUUUCCACAACCAGUUUGUCCAAGAUACCUGUUUCAACCUUGGCUGCUUAUUAACAAGAUACGGCAAUGUCUGCCUUCAGCCCAGGAUGGCAGAUAGAAACAGCCCCCUUGCUUUGGUUAUGCUAUAAGAAAGCCAGCUCCGAAGAAUAUUGGCCCCAGGCGUAUCAAGACACUGUCAGAGGCUCACUUCCCUCCCUCUAGUUGGACAUUUUCUUCCCUGUUCCUUUUGCAAUAGCUCUUGUCUUCUGUAAGGCAGCAGAUACUCAAAAUGCUGGUUUCCGUCUGGGUUUAUGUCUCCUCAGUCAGUCUCUCCUAUUCCACUGCAAGCUCCAGCCACACCAAGAGUUUUUGAAGGAUCCUUGUUUAAGCCCUCUGUGUCACACUGUCACCAAGAUUUGGAAGAUUUGGGGACUGUGUCUAUGGUACCCAGAGAGCAGCCAGACCAAUCAGAGGGACCUUUGCACUGCUGGACAGGGGCCCAUCAUCAGGCUCAUGGCAGAGCCAGCACACCACUGAACUCCCCCGUGCCGCCCCCCAAACCCCACCCCAGCUCCUAGAAGGGAACUUAGAAGAAGUAGGGAAUUUCUGGAGGAACAUACUAUGGCCAAUUGUGCUUGUCUGAGCGUUCUCAAACCUUAGUCAUCCACAGCUAGCAUACACCGCAGGUCCCAGGUGCCAAACAACAAAGAUGAAAAGUCCCUGGUCUUCCUCAGGGUGCUUGCUGGAAGCCUCACUGCACUGCUGUGAGGCACAGGUGUGCCCAGGAUGUCCAUCCAGUGAGGGUUACUCUGUCUGACAGACCCCUUCCACAGCUCGGGUUCUCCAUUCUGGUUGGCUGUUUACCUCUCUGCCUGUCAGGGCGAGAGAGCCUGGCUAAUGGAAAGUGCAACUGCUUGGAUGUUUUAACAGUCACUUCCAGGGAGUAGCCACACUGUGCAAAGUCUGGUCUAAUGGAGGCAGCUGUGAGGCUGGGAUUAGUGACAGCCUUGGGUGGUUUCUGAAACCUUUCUCCUUCUCAGGCUGACCUCUGGCCACAGUGACUUCUGGGACAAUGAACAGCCCUGGUGAUUUUCCUCUGUGAACUUGCAGGGGUAGAAGGUAGUAGUUUUUAUUCUUGUAGGAAAAGGUGAAGUGGGAAAGAGACAUGGUUUUUGUUCAGCACUUUCCAGCAGCUGCUGGAAUUGGGUAAGACCUGGAAGCCUGCUUCCUAGCCUGGGGCUGGCUGUAUUCCUAGGCAUGAAACCUGCAUAAGGAUUCCACAUUAGACAAGGCAAGAGCAAAAGGUUAAGUCUGUACCAGGUAGAAAGACUGUUGCAUAAAUGCUGAGGUAGUCUUUUGUUUUUUUAAUUUUUUUUUUUUUUUUUUUUAAAUCUCAUGCUUCUUUGUUGCUUUGCUUUGGCAAAGCCCCAAGAGAAGUCGGGAGAUUCUGGGAGGAGGAGGUGGUGUGCUGGGUGAGUCACUGAGCUCCCCACUGCUGCUGCUGUGUUUAGUUCCUGCGUGCCUCACUGUAGCAGGAGGCAUUCUGGGGAGGGACAGGAUGGGAAUGCAGCUCUGUGUAGUGGGACAGAGCAUUUUGGGAGCAUCCUAGGGUUGACAGGCCUGUAACCAACCAGAUCACCAGUUUAAGCAGGAAAUACUACAGCAGCACUCUCCAUGUAGCAAAUACUAAUAUCUCCUGCAGCCUUUAUACAAGUAGUUGUCACUUCCCUAAUCAGUAGCUUUUUUGAAAUAGUUCUUCUCUCUGCAACACAUGCUGUUUUCCUAGCAAACCAGGAGGGAUUGAAUGUAGAAAGGCAGAAAGAAGAGCCAUCUAAAGUGGGAGGCCUGAUUGCCUUGAGAGGCAAGGAUUCCCCUUUGAAGAAACAGGGAGCCAAGGAGCAGAUGGGAUAUGCCGCCUUGCUGAUCCCAUAGCUGUUGUGAUCUCCAGUUUCUAUUAGUGACUGACUACUCCCUUCCAUCCAUUGGUGGGCAAGAGCCUACUUGGUUGUCGUAAGCUGGGAACAUGAUCUGAAGACUAACUCUUCCUCUUUUUUGAGUCAAGUAUUGUAGGUUGACCUUGAACUUGCUCUCUAGACAGGAAAUUCUCUUGAACUCAGACUCCUGCUUCCACUUUCUGAUGAUUGUAGUUGUCUAUAAUCCAGUUUUUACAGUGCUGAUAUUGAACCCAUGGGCUUUGUGUAUGUUUCUUCUGUGGCAGACACCAGGCUAGCUAGCUCAUACGCUUUCCUGGCAGUUUUCCUGUCUCUGCCUCACAUCUUUCUAUAGGGAUGUUGGGAAUAUAGAUGUGCCUGGCUCCCACGUGGGUUCUGGAGGAUGGUGUUUUGACAGUCCAGGCAUGGAUGGCAAGCACUCUGACCCCCGAGCCUCUGCACCACCUCACUCUGACCUCCAGGCCUCUGCAUCACCUCACACAGACCCCUGAGCCGCUGCACCACCUCACUGUGUUGUUGCUGUUUUGUUAUCCUAGGACAAGCUAUUGCUGGGUAAACUAGGUUAGCCUAGAGCUCACAGUAACCCAAGGUAGCCUGGAACUCACUGCAGUCCCCCUGCCUCUGAAUGAUGUCAUUACAAGUGUGUAUUACUACACUCAACUCCUCAAUAUCUUUUCUUCCUUUGAGACAAGGUCUUAUCCGGUCCAAGCUGGUCUUGAACUUUGUAUGUAGUGGAGGAAAACCUUGAACUUCUGUUGCUUCCACCUAUGCCUCCCUAGUGCUAAGGAAUAUGGCACUGUGUCCAGUUUUAUACUGUGCUUUGAGUGGAAUCCAGGGCUUCACAUAUUCUGAGCAAGCUUUCUAACAAGAGUUACAUCCCCGUCCCCUCCCAACAUGUCUCCUCUCUUUGCGUGCACCCCCACGUUCCUCUCUUCCUCCUCCUUUUUGAGACAGGGUCUUAUGUAGCCCUGGUUGGUGGACAUGAAUGCCAAGUGUAGCUUAGGGUGGCCUUGAAAUCACAGAGAUCUGUUUUGAGUUGCCCUAGUGCUAAGAUUAAUUAAAGACAUAUGCCACCACACCUGUCUGCCUUUUUAGAAAAGAUUUCUAUAUUAUUUAGCUAUAGCUGUGUGUCUCUGCGUAUCUGUAUGUACACCAUAUAUGUGCAGUUGCCCAAGAAGGUCAGAAAAGGGCAUGAGAUUCCCCCAAACGGUAGUGGCAGGCAGUUGUGGACAACCUGAUGUGUGUGCUAAGAACCAAGCCUGUGUCCUUUGCAAGAGCAGCAAGCCUUUUUCCCCCCCACCAGCCACUGAGACAAGGUUUCUCCAUGUAGUUCUGGCCGCCUUGAAAUUCAGACCAGAGUGGUCUAAAAAUCAGAGAUCUUCCUGUCUGCUUCCUGAGUGAUUAAAGGUAUAUGCCGUCACCACCUGGCUAGUACUCCUAACUGCCAGACCAUUUUUCCAGCCCCAACACAUUUUCUUCUUCACCCUGUACAGUUAUUUAGUAUUUUAUUGAACACUGUACUAGGCAUUCUGGGCUAUGAAUAAGACAAACCAAAAUCCCUCCUAUGGACAGACACUAAAUAAGCCAAAUGUUUUGAAAGGGAGGAAAUGGCUUUUCUGGUAAGAAGUUUUGACCUUCCUUCCUCUUCUCUUGUCAGGGGAAGGCAACUUGUAAAGAUCUAGAAAUUGCGUACUGUAUUCUACAAGUACUUUGACAUGGACUCGUUAGGUGUGGGCACUAUUUAUUGCUCACAUGAAGACAAGACACUAUCUGAGUUUGCAGAGCUUGAAGGGAGCUAAGCUGUUGGGGACAGAAAAAGAAACUAUACAAGUUGUGUGCUCUAAAGCCCAGAGAAGGGAAUGGCUCCUAGCUAUCAAGGUGUCCAACUUUGAGAUUAACAGGGGAGCAGAACUCCCUUCUUGGAUUGCUCAAAGGAGAGUACUGUAUACUAGAUGGAGCCCUCCCCUCCCUGUAAUAUGUGUACAUCUGUGUCCUAUGAAACGGCCAAAGUACAGCAAGUCUAACUUCAGUGGCAGUUUCCCACCGCACAGAAGUGGCCGUGCAAGCCCAGAAUCUAGAUACUUAUCAGAAACAAAUCCCGAUUCAAAGAAAGGAGGACGAGCCUAAGAGGGAGCCCCGCACUUCAGCUGCACCGGUGAUAUCCAUUACCUCCCUGUCAAGUGAGUCAAGCCUUUAUGUUGCUGGCUGCCUCCUGCUUCAACCCCACCCCCAUCCUCCAAAGCUUAGGCUGCUGGCAGCCUGGCUCUCCUGUGAUAUGGAGGAACUCACUGGUCUCCAUGGUUACAGUAACCCACUGGUACAGGAGGAGCCAAAUGAAGUGCAAGGCUGGCAAUGUGAGCCUUCCCCAGCCCUCGGCACCAUGUGGUACUGGUAUGUUGGCUGUUUCUGGAAGGAAGGAGUUAAGGCACUAACAAGAAGGGAAGUACCCUGGCGGGACCACCUUCAUUUUCCUUUGCACUAUACAGUGGGCAGCAGCAUGGCCAUCCUCUCUCUUAAAUGCCUCUUGGAAAGUGACUUCUUAUAAGGAAAAAGUCUUCUGCCUAAUAGUGUUGCUAUAGCAGGGAUUUGGCUUUUCCUUGUCCUAGAAGGAAUUCCAGAAUACUGAGAAUCAGCUCACCUACACUGGUUUUUACAGUCAAGUUCUUGGAGAUUGAAGGUCUCCUCAAGGCCUAUGAGUGAGAAACAGAAAUAAAAAGAGAUAACCACAAACAUUACCAAGGCAUUACUGAAAGCCAGGGGCUGGGGCAAGCAUGGGUAUUCUCGUAGCCUGUGAAAUGGGCAUCCUUCCUUAGGCUCCAGUUUAGAAGACUCACCCUAACCCUGCUCUGGCAUGGUCAGCCGUGUAGGUAGCAGAGAUUCGGUUCGCCCCCGAGCCCGCCUGCUCUCAUGCCACAUCUUAUAUAGUAGGCGGAGUCCAGGCACCUUCUCAUCUUAUGUAGUAGGCGGAGUCCAGGCACCUUCUCAUUUUCAUUCAGGAAGGCAGGUGCUCAAGCUCAGUGGACUUUGCAAAUGACCCUAUCUACACAGGUUGACUUUAUAAUGACUUUCUGAGCACCGGUGGCCCAAGAAACAAAUGAACAGAUUUCAGGGAUGAGGUGGGACUAGAAACUUGUGUGAGCAUUGGGUGCACAGUAGAAUCCUUAGUGCUCUGAGAGGGGUCCAUUAUUUCUAGUGGCCCUGAAGACUGGAGGUUGAGAAUUAUUGGUCAUUAUGGCUUCCAGACAUGAAAGGGGUGAGAGGCUCUCAGCUCACUUCAUGCUGCCUGCUCUUCUCAAGUAGGCUCUGACGACUGCUUGUGAGGCUUUGUGGCCUGCAGAUACCUCUCACUGCUAGGCUGCCCCGCUUUUCUCCUUUCUGUGGGAUGUGGGUCGUAGCACAGAAACUGUUGACUAGUAAACCACAUUGAUAGCUUAGGUUACAUGAUCUGCUGGUAUUCAUAGUCCAGGAGACAUCUACCCUGGCUAGAGAAAGCAAGCAACCCUUUGAAGACUUGUUCCAACAGAAUGAUAGGGUAAUGGAGGUGUUCUCCAAGUUAACAUGUCUCAAGGAGUUUGAGGGAAGAGCUCCCGACAAGUAAGUACAGAGCACAGUUUUCAUGUUCUCUCCUACCCAGAAUGCUCCUGGUAUAUGGACUAUUGGCAGUUGAGAAUGACAGUUAAGCCUGGGGACUUGUCUAGCCCCAUUACUUCAUCUGAGUCCUAUCCCAUUUCUUCCUAGCUUCUCUCUUAGAAGCCCACCUUGGGACACCUUGAUUCCAAGCCCAGCAGUAAGUCCAACAUGCUGCGGGGCCGCAACUCAGCCACCUCUGCUGACGAGCAGCCCCAUAUUGGCAACUACAGACUCCUUAAGACCAUUGGCAAGGGUAACUUUGCCAAAGUGAAGUUGGCCCGGCACAUCCUGACGGGGAAAGAGGUAGCUGUGAAGAUCAUUGACAAGACUCAGCUGAAUUCCUCCAGCCUGCAGAAACUCUUCCGAGAAGUAAGAAUAAUGAAGGUUUUGAAUCAUCCCAACAUAGUUAAGUUAUUUGAAGUGAUCGAGACUGAGAAGACGCUCUACCUUGUCAUGGAGUAUGCCAGUGGCGGAGAGGUAUUUGAUUACCUAGUGGCCCAUGGCAGGAUGAAAGAAAAAGAAGCUCGAGCCAAAUUUCGCCAGAUAGUGUCUGCUGUGCAGUACUGUCACCAGAAGUUUAUUGUUCAUAGAGAUCUAAAGGCAGAAAACCUGCUCCUGGAUGCUGAUAUGAACAUCAAGAUUGCAGACUUUGGCUUUAGUAACGAAUUCACCUUUGGGAACAAGCUGGAUACUUUCUGUGGUAGUCCUCCUUAUGCUGCCCCAGAACUCUUCCAGGGCAAAAAGUAUGACGGUCCUGAAGUGGAUGUCUGGAGCCUGGGCGUCAUCCUCUAUACACUGGUCAGCGGGUCCCUGCCUUUUGAUGGACAGAACCUCAAGGAGCUACGGGAAAGGGUACUGAGGGGGAAAUACCGUAUUCCAUUCUACAUGUCCACGGACUGUGAAAAUCUGCUUAAGAAAUUUCUCAUACUUAAUCCUAGUAAGAGAGGCACUUUGGAGCAAAUUAUGAAAGAUCGGUGGAUGAAUGUGGGCCAUGAGGAUGACGAGCUAAAGCCUUACGUGGAGCCACUCCCUGACUACAAGGAUCCCCGGCGGACAGAGUUGAUGGUGUCAAUGGGUUACACACGGGAAGAGAUCCAGGACUCGCUGGUAGGCCAGAGGUACAACGAAGUGAUGGCUACCUAUCUGCUCCUUGGCUACAAGAGCUCUGAGCUGGAAGGUGACACCAUCACUUUAAAGCCCCGGCCUUCAGCUGAUCUAACCAACAGCAGUGCCCCAUCUCCAUCCCACAAAGUUCAGCGCAGCGUCUCUGCCAACCCCAAGCAGCGGCGCUCCAGUGACCAGGCCGUCCCCGCCAUUCCCACCUCGAAUUCCUACUCUAAGAAGACUCAGAGUAACAACGCAGAAAAUAAGCGGCCUGAGGAAGAGACAGGGCGGAAAGCCAGCAGCACCGCCAAAGUGCCUGCCAGCCCUCUGCCUGGCCUGGACAGGAAGAAGACCACUCCUACCCCCUCCACAAACAGCGUCCUCUCCACCAGCACAAACAGAAGCAGGAACUCCCCACUUUUGGACAGGGCCAGCCUUGGCCAGGCCUCCAUCCAGAAUGGUAAAGACAGCCUAACCAUGCCAGGGUCCCGGGCCUCCACGGCUUCUGCUUCUGCCGCAGUCUCUGCGGCCCGGCCCCGCCAGCACCAGAAAUCCAUGUCUGCCUCCGUACACCCCAACAAGGCCUCUGGGUUGCCCCCCACGGAGAGUAACUGUGAGGUGCCUCGGCCCAGCACAGCCCCCCAGCGUGUCCCUGUCGCCUCCCCCUCCGCCCACAACAUCAGCAGCAGUAGUGGAGCCCCAGACCGAACUAAUUUCCCACGGGGUGUGUCCAGUCGAAGCACCUUCCAUGCUGGGCAGCUCCGACAGGUGCGGGACCAGCAGAAUCUGCCCUUCGGUGUGACCCCAGCCUCACCCUCUGGCCAUAGCCAGGGCCGGCGGGGGGCCUCUGGCAGCAUCUUCAGCAAGUUCACCUCCAAGUUUGUCCGCAGAAAUCUGUCUUUCAGGUUUGCCAGAAGAUGUCGCCUGAGCCUGCCAAAGAGCCAAGAGCUGGAUAUUCUCAGGCAGGGGUCAUUCUGCCGCCAGGCCCUGGUGGAACAGCAGGAGGCCCACACCCUGCUCCUGCAUCUCCCUUCCUGGGACAGAGCCUGGCUUGUUCAGCCUGGCCAUGUCCUCUGCAGGCCUAGGAACCUGAAUGAACCUGAAAGCAAAGACCGAGUGGAGACGCUCAGACCUCACGUGGUAGGCGGUGGAGGCACUGACAAGGAAAAGGAAGAAUUUCGGGAGGCCAAGCCUCGUUCCCUGCGCUUCACUUGGAGCAUGAAGACCACGAGCUCUAUGGAGCCCAAUGAGAUGAUGCGGGAGAUCCGCAAGGUGCUGGACGCCAACAGCUGCCAAAGCGAGCUGCACGAGCGAUACAUGCUGCUGUGCGUGCAUGGCACACCCGGCCACGAGAACUUUGUGCAGUGGGAGAUGGAGGUGUGCAAACUGCCCCGGCUGUCUCUCAACGGUGUUCGGUUUAAGCGGAUAUCGGGCACUUCCAUGGCCUUCAAAAACAUUGCCUCCAAAAUAGCCAAUGAGCUGAAGCUUUAACAGGCUGUCAGGAGGGGCGGCAGAGGCCCACCAGUGGACUUGGCUGCUUGGGCCAAACCUGCAUCCCCCUGGGAGAAAAACUGCAGGAUGAAUUGGUGUGUCUCCCCUGCUGGCACUUGUCCCCUUCCAGGCCCUUCUCAGUUUUUUCUUCCAUGUUUGUGGGGGAUGGGAAGUGGUGGUUCCUCCUCCCACAUUCACCCCUGCCCAGAAGUCUCUCCCUUCCCCUCUACCCCCGUACAGGAGGCAAAGGAAGGGGAAGGGGUUGGGGGGGCAGGGCUCCCCCUCGGUACUGCGGUUGCACAGAGUAUUUCGCCUAAACCAAGAAAAUUUUUAUUACCAAAAAGAAAAAAAGAAAAAAAAAAAGAAAAAAAAUCCCAGCGGCCACCUUUCCUCCCUGCCCCAUUGGGACAGUCAAGACUGGAUCUGUGGGGCUCCUGGGAGGAUGGCUCAGGGCUGGAACACUCUCAGGCAAGAGUGGUGGGGUUCCCUGCAGGCCCUCCGCCAGGCCCACUUUGGGCUUCCCCUCUCCCCACUGCUUUCCCCUCCAAGCGACCCACCAGAGGUGGCCUUCCCCUGCCCCCAGGCCCUUGGGCUAUGGGCCUUAUACUGGGGCCCAGUGGGGGUACUGCACAGCCCUGGAGAGGGUGAGCAGUGGGACCCUGGCUCCCUCCAUACCAUGUCCUCUGCCCGCCUUCCCCAGAGCUGGGCACUUCCUCCCAUGAGCUGCUGUGGGGACAUUCGCUCCCCUUCUCAGAAGUCUGUGCCAUCUUCCCCCACCUCUCCGGGUGGAAGGCGGGGCUGACCCCCAGUUCUGGUAAAGGGGAGUGGAAUGCGCCAUGGGCUCUCAGCCCCCAGGGGGCCGCUUGGGAACAGGGACACAGCUUCUCCGUUCUGGGCGUCUUUGUCUGAAAGCACAGCCCCUCACCAUCCCCCUACCGCUUCCCCUUCCUUGGCAUUAAUCUGGGCACCGUUCUCAUCUCUCAGCCUUGCCUUUUCUUCCUGGCAUUGCCGCCCCUCCUCUCAGGAGACUGUCCAGGGCCUCCAUGGCUGCCUGGCGGAAGGCUGGAUUGGGCGGCAGGGCCAGGAGCCUCUUGUCCUCCACUGGGUGGGGCAAAGUAACUCCUGCUUGCUAACCUCUGAGGCCAGUGUGUGAAUGGGUGACUGUAGGCGCUUGGCUGGUGGUGGCCACUGCAUCCCUUAAUUUAUUUCUCUGCUGUUUCAGUUCUUGAGAAAUUGGGGAAGUCCUACAGAGGCUGCCCCUGCCCUCACCUGAGUUGUACAUUUUUUUUGUGAUGGGUUAUUUUUUAUUUUUUAUUAUUAUUAUUAUUGUUUUUUUUUGGUUUUUUUUUUUUUUUUUGAUUUAUGAUGACUCCACUCUUUGCCCCAGUUGUCGUCUUGUCACUCCCACCCCUGUUCAUCACCCUGGCUCCCAAGCCAGGUCAGGCUCACCAACACGUUGAGUCUUGGGUUCCAGGAAGAAACCUUGCCAACCUCAACCCUCCAGCCCCGUGCUCCACUGGCUAUGGCUCAGACCAAGGGCUUCUCCUUUCCCCUCUUGCCCUACGGAACAGCCCGGGUGCUCCAAAGGGGGCCAGGAGGGCAUGGCUUGGCUCCCAAGAUAAGGGGUGGGGGCCAGGACACCCAGGCAAGGUGGCCCCUCCCUGCCUAGCCCCCUCUUCCCCACCCUGCACUUAGUUUCUCCUCUGGAUCAAACACGUAAUAAAGAGAAUGUUUGGAAUCUGA